UGGGGAGCCGCAGUAGCGAGCUGGCAGCCAAUGGGGAGUGGGGCCGCGCGCGCGGGGCGGUGGGAAUGGCGCCGAGUCAGUGUGUACGUCGGUUGCCGUAACAACGGCCUGCGGAGUUCGUCGGUUAUGGCCUCCAACUUUAAGAAGGGUAACAUGGCAUCAAGUGCCCAGCGAAAAAGGAUGAGUCCUAAGCCUGAGCUUACUGAAGAGCAGAAACAGGAAAUCCGGGAGGCUUUCGAUCUCUUCGAUGCUGAUGGAACUGGGACUAUAGAUGUUAAGGAACUUAAGGUGGCAAUGAGAGCCCUGGGCUUUGAACCCAAGAAAGAAGAAAUCAAGAAAAUGAUAAGUGAAAUUGAUAAGGAAGGGACAGGGAAAAUGAAUUUUAGUGACUUUUUGACUGUGAUGACUCAGAAAAUGUCUGAGAAAGAUACCAAAGAAGAAAUCCUGAAAGCUUUCAAGCUCUUUGAUGAUGAUGAAACUGGGAAGAUAUCAUUCAAAAACCUGAAACGUGUGGCCAAGGAGUUGGGUGAGAACCUGACUGAUGAGGAGCUGCAGGAAAUGAUUGACGAAGCUGAUCGAGACGGAGAUGGAGAGGUCAAUGAGCAAGAGUUCCUGCGCAUCAUGAAGAAGACCAGCCUGUAUUGAGAUCAGCAUCUUUUCUAUGCAAGCACAUGUGAUGAGAUGUAGUGCCUGCCAUUGUGUGAAAUCUGGCUUUUGAGAACACAAACUUUUUCCCUCACUGACCUCCCUGUAUAACUUUAGUAGUGACCUUGAAUCUAUUUUAGACUUUUGAAAGUGUUCUUUGAUAUUAAAGUUCUUUGUAAAGUAACCUGCUGAUUACUUUAAUUCUCAAAAACAAAAAAAGAGCACAUUAGAGUGGAGAAAAGGGUCUUAAAGCUUUGAUCACCUGCCAUUUUGCCUUGCAUUUCUUCAUUCUUGUCUCAUAUUCCCAUGUGUAUGGAAACAUAGAACGACUUCUUAGACAAGCACAUGUACUCAUGUUACCACAAGCAGUGGUCAUUCUUGAGUAGUUCCAGUUUUUAGUUGAUGUCUGACUCUUACAAAAUUCAGUGAACUCUUGCACUG